UCCGUCCACGGCCCACCUACCCACAUUCGCUAUGGAUUAUGGAAUAUAGUACUAAAGCAGACCAAUAGGAGGCGAGCCUUCACCACCCGGCGUCUUCCGAACCUGCACCCCAGAUACACUCAAACACACCUUCGUCGGCCUGCCAUGCCGGCUUCAUCACGGCUCUAUUCCGCAAUGUCGAUUCUUUCUUGCUCUGCCGUCCCAAUCUCCGUCCCAUCCUCCAACUCGUGUAGCACCAGGUACUUGGGCGAUGCUUCUGCAAUCCCUUCGUCCUUAUGCUGCACCCUGAAAAUCAUUCCGUGUAUCGAGCUCUUCCUGCAAUCCAUCAACUGUGACUCAUGGUCGAUAUGCUCAUCGCAGUGCCGCCGAUCUCUCUCGUCCUGCUUGGGCGCUGGCUGUAGGGCUACUGAUUUGAUCACUCUGCCAAUCCCUGGUGUCUGA